AUGCGUCUACGCGCAAAUCUCCCAAUAGCGGAACCGCAGGCACUAUGCCUACCGCUUGUUGAUGUUGGUACCGAAUGGCGCUCGUUCUCCAAUGAGCGUAGUGGCACAGAUCCCUCUCGUGUAGGUGCUCCGGAAAAUCCACUGCUUAGCGGAGGUGAUCUUUCGACUAGCAUUGCCGUAGGAUUUGGCGCAAGUGACAGUGAUACCAGUCUUGCUAAUGCACAGCGGAAAAGUAUGAACAACACUGAUCGUCAGAUGACGCAGGCUAUGAGCGUGAUUAGAGAAAUGAGCGAAAGGAUCCAUCUUGCAAAAAGUAUACAGGAUCUGGCUUCUAAAACCUUCAAAGAUGUGUUGGAUAGUAAAGCGUUGAAAGGAAAGAAUAAUGAGGCUCAAGCAGCAGCUUGUCUGUACAUUGCUUGCCGUAAGGAAGGAGUACCUAGGACUUUUAAAGAGAUCUGUGCUGUUUCUCGUGUAUCGAAGAAGGAAAUUGGACGUUGUUUCAAACUUAUCAUCAAAAGUCUUGAAACUAAUCUUGAGCAGAUCACUUCGGCGGAUUUUAUGUCCAGAUUUUGUGGAAAUUUAUCGCUACCAAACUCGAUACAGGCUGCUGCUACACGUAUCGCAAAAAGAGCUGUGGAGAUGGAUCUCGUAGCUGGAAGGUCACCGAUUUCUAUUGCCGCGGCAGCUAUUUACAUGGCAUCACAAGCUUCCAGUGAAAAGCGUUCGGCGAAAGACAUUGGGGAGAUUGCUGGUGCCGCUGAAGUCACAGUAAAGCAAACUUACAAACUUCUGUAUCCAAAGGCUGCCGAGCUUUUUCCGGAGGAUUUCAAAUUCGUUACUCCAAUUGAUCAGCUUCCCACUUCAUGA